AUGACAACAAAACCAACACCCGAUAAAGGUAGGUUUUCAUUUUUGGGCUCAGCUAUUCAUUAUUAUAAAGGGAGAAGAAUAGAAUAAGCAUAAUUGAUGAAAUUACAGGAUUUCUCCUAGUUUUAUUUUUACGACAUAUGCAUUCUAGAUUCAUGAGAAUUUCUUACACAAUAUUAGGUUUCUAAACACUGCUGAGUUUUUUUUAUUUAUACAUUUUACUUACUAUAUGAUACAUGUUAGUUUCAUUGGAUACAUUUCAUGAUGAUUGAAAUUCAAAAGUAUUUUUGCAUUAACGUGGCACUGUAGAAUUAGUAAAGAAAAAAUAAAAAAAAAUUUUAAUUUAUAUUCCAGAUACUUUCACGACAACAAAACCAACACCCGAUAAAGGUAGGUUUUCAUUUUUGGGCUUAUCUCUUCAUGAUUAUGAAGGGAGAAGUAUAGAAUAAGCAUAAUUGAUGAAAUUACAGGAUAUCCCCUAGGUUUUAUUUUUACUACAUAUGCAUUCUAGAUUCAUGAGAAUUUCUUACACAAUAUUAGGUUUCUAAACACUGCUGAGUUUUUUUUAUUUAUACAUUUUACUUACUAUAUGAUACAUGUUAGUUUCAUUGGAUACAUUUCAUGAUGAUUGAAAUUCAAAAGUAUUUUUGCAUUAACGUGGCACUGUAUAAUUAGUAAAGAAAGAAUAAAAAAUAAAUUUAAUUUAUAUUCCAGAUACUUUCACGACAACACAACCAACACCCGAUAAAGGUAGGUUUUCAUUUUUGGGCUUAACUCUUCAUAAUUAUGAAGGGAGAAGAAUAGAAUAAGCAUAACUUGAUGAAAUUACAGGUUAUUCCCGAGUUAUUUUUACUACAUGUGCAUUCUAGAUUCAAAUGUAUUUCUUAUAUAAUCUAAGGUUUUUAAACAAUGCUGAGUUUUUUUCUGAUGUAUACAUGUAACACUUUAUAAUGCACGCUAGUUAGUUUGAUAAGUUUCAUGAUGAUGGAAAUUCAAAAUAUUUUGCCUAAUCUUUUCACAGUAGAAUUAGAAAACGAAAAAUGCAAUAUGUCUUAAAUUUAUUUUCAGAUACUUUCACAACAACAAAACCAACACCCGAUAAAGGUACGUUUUCAUUUUUGGGCUUACCUCUUCAUGAUUUUAAAGGGAGAAGUAUAGAAUAAGCAUAAUUGAUGAAAUUACAGGAUAUCCCCUAGUUUUUAUUUUUACUACAUAUGCAUUCUAGAUUCUUGAGAAUCUCUUACACUAUAUUAGGUUUCUAAGCACUGCUGAGUUUUUUUAUGUAUACAUUUUACUUACUUUAUGAUACAUGUUAGUUUCAUUGGAUACAUUUCAUUAAGAUUGAAAUUCAAAAGUAUUUUUGCAUUAACGUUGCACUGUAGAAUUAGUAAAGAAAAAAUACAAUUUUUUUAUUUUAUUUAUAUUCCAGAUACUUUCACGACAACAAAACCAACACCCGAUAAAGGUAGGUUUUCAUUUUUGGGCUCAGCUGUUCAUUAUUAUAAAGGGAGAAGAAUAAAAAAAGCAAAAUUGAUGAAAUUACAGUUUAUCCCCUAGUUUUUUUUACUACAUGUGCAUUAUAAAAUCAAAUGUAUUUCUUAUAUAAUCUAAGGUUUCUAAACAAUGCUGAGUUUUUUUCUGAUGUAUACAUGUAACACUUUAUAAUGCACGCUAGUUAGUUUGAUAAGUUUCAUGAUGAUGGAAAUUCAAAAUAUUUUGCAUAAUCUUUUCACAGUAGAAUUAGAAAACGAAAAAUGCAAUAUGUCUUAAAUUUAUUUUCAGAUACUUUCACAACAACAAAACCAACACCCGAUAAAGGUAGGUUUUCAUUUUUGGGCUUAUCUCUUCAUGAUUAUGAAGGGAGAAGAAUAAAAAAAGCAAAAUUGAUGAAAUUACAGGAUAUCCCCUUGUUUUUAUUUUUACUUCAUAUGCAUUCUAGAUUCAUGAGAAUUUCUUACACAAUAUUAGGUUUCUAAACACUGCUGAGUUUUUUUAUUUAUACAUGUUACUUACUUUAUGAUACACGUUCGUUUCAUUGAAUACAUUUCAUGAUGAUGGAAAUUCAAAAGUAUUUUGCAUACUUUAGAAUAAGUAAAGAAAAAAUACAAUAUUUUUUUAAUUUAUAUUCCAGAUACUUUCAUGACAACAAAAUCAACACCCGAUAAAGGUAGGUUUUCAUUUUUGGGCUUAUCUCUUCAUGAUUAUGAAGGGAGAAGUAUAGAAUAAGCAUAAUUGAUGAAAUUACAGGAUAUCCCCUAGGUUUUAUUUUUACUACAUAUGCAUUCUAGAUUCAUGAGAAUUUCUUACACUAUAUUAGGUUUCUUAACACUGCUGAGUUUUUUUAUGUAUACAUGUUACUUACUUUAUGAUACAUGUUAGUUUAAUUGGAUACAUUUCAUGAUUAUUGAAAUUCAAAAGUAUUUUUGCAUUAACGUUGCACUGUAGAAUUAGUAAAGAAAAAAAAUAAAUUAAAUUUAUAUUCCAGAUACUUUCACGACAACACAACCAACACCCGAUAAAGGUAGGUUUUCAUUUUUGGGCUCAACUCUUCAUUAUUAUAAAGGGAGAAGAAUAGAAUAAGCAUAACUUGAUGAAAUUACAGGUUAUUUCCUAGUUUUUUUUACUACAUGUGCAUUCUAGAUUCAAAAGUAUUUCUUAUAUAAUGUCUAAACGAUGCUGAGUUUUUUUCUGAUGUAUUCAUGUAACACUUUAUAAUGCACGCUGGUUUGUUUGAUACGUUUCAUGAUGAUGGAAAUUCAAAAUAUUUUGCAUAAUCUUUUCACUGUAGAAUUAGAAAACGAAAAAUGCAAUUUGUCUUACAUUUAUUUUCAGAUACUUACACAACAACAAAACCAACACCCGAUAAAGGUAGCUUUUCAUUUUUGGGCUUAACUAUUCACGAUUAUAAAGGGAGAAGUAUAGAAUAAGCAUAAUUGAUGAAAUUACAAGAUAUCCCCUAGUUUUUAUUUUUACUAUAUGCAUUCUAGAUUCAUGAGAAUUUCUUACACAAUAUUAGGUUUCUAAGCACUGCUGAGUUUUUUUAUGAAUACAUUUUACUUAGUUUAUGAAACAUGUUAGUUUCAUUGGAUACAUUUCAUGAUGAUUAAAAUUCAAAAGUAUUUUGCAUUAACGUUGCACUGUAGAAUUAGUAAAGAAAAAAUACAUUAUGUUUUUAAUUUAUAUUCCAGAUACUUUCACGACAACAAAACCAACACCCGAUAAAGGUAGGUUUUCAUUUUUGGGCUUAACUCUUCAUGAUUUUAAAGGGAGAAGAAUAGAAAAAGCAUAAUUGAUGAAAUUACAGGAUAUACCCUCGUUUUUAUUUUUACUACAUAUGCAUUCUAGAUUCAUGAGAAUUUCUUACACAAUGUUAGGUUUCUAAACACUGCUGAGUUUUUUUUAUGUAUACAUGUUACUUACUUUAUGAUACAUGUUAGUUUCAUUGGAUACAUUUCAUGAUGAUGGAAAUUCAAAAGUAUUUUGCAUUAACGGUACACUGUAGAAUUAGUAAAGAAAAAAUACAAUAUGUUUUUAAUUUAUAUUCCAGAUAUACCAACACCCGAUAAAGGUAGGUUUUCAUUUUUGGGCUCAGCUCUUCAUUAUUAUAAAAGGAGAAGAAUAGAAUAAGCAUAACUUGAUGAAAUUACAGGUUAUCCCCUAGUUUUUUUUACUACAUGUGCAUUCUAGAUUCAAAUGUAUUUCUUAUAUAAUCAAAGGUUUCUAAACAAUGCUGAGUUUUUUUCUGAUGUAUACAUGUAACACAUUAUAAUGCACGCUAGUUAGUUUGAUAAGUUUCAUGAUGAUGGAAAUUCAAAAUAUUUUGCAUAAUCUUUUCACAGUAGAAUUAGAAAAUGAAAAAUGCAAUAUGUCUUAAAUUUAUUUUCAGAUACUUUCACAACAACAAAACCAACACCCGAUAAAGGUAGGUUUUCAUUUUUGGGCUCAGCUCUUCAUUAUUAUAAAGGGAUAAAUAUAGAAUAAGCAUAAUUGAUGAAACUACAGGAUAUCUCCUAGUUUUUAUUUUUACUACAUGUACAUUCUAGAUUCAUGAAAAUUUCUUACACAAUAUUGGUUUAUAAACACUGCUGAGUUUUCUAUAUUUAUACAUGUUACUUACUUUAUGAUACACGUUAGUUUCAUUGGAUACAUUUCAUGAUGAUGGAAAUUCAAAAGUAUUUUGCAUUAAUGUUGCACUGUAGAAUUAGUAAAGAAAAAAUAGAAAAUGUUUUUAAUUUAUAUUCCAGAUACUUUCACGACAACAAAACCAACACCCGAUAAAGGUAGGUUUUCAUUUUUGGGCUCAGCUCUUCAUUAUUAUAAAGGGAGAAGAAUAGAAUAAGCAUAACUUGAUGAAAUUACAGGUUAUUUCCUAGUUUUUUUUACUACAUGUGCAUUCGAGAUUCAAAAGUAUUUCUUAUAUAAUGUCUAAACAAUGCUGAAUUUUUUUCUGAUGUAUUCAUGUAACACUUUAUAAUGCAGGCUGGUUUGUUUGAUACGUUUCAUGAUGAUGGAAAUUCAAAAUAUUUUGCAUAAUCUUUUCACUGUAGAAUUAGAAAACGAAAAAUGCAAUAUGUCUUAAAUUUAUUUUCAGAUACUUUCACAACAACAAAACCAACACCCGAUAAAGGUACGUUUUCAUUUUUGGGCUUACCUCUUCAUGAUUUUAAAGGGAGAAGUAUAGAAUAAGCAUAAUUGAUGAAAUUACAGGAUAUCCCCUAGUUUUUAUUUUUACUACAUAUGCAUUCUAGAUUCUUGAGAAUCUCUUACACUAUAUUAGGUUUCUAAGCACUGCUGAGUUUUUUUUAUGUAUACAUGUUACUUACUUUAUGAUACAUGUUAGUUUCAUUGGAUACAUUUCAUGAUGAUAGAAAUUCAAAUGUAUUUUGCAUUAAUGUUGCACUGUAGAAUUAGUAAAGAAAAAAUAGAAAAUGUUUUUAAUUUAUAUUCCAGAUACUUUCAUGACAACAAAACCAACACCCGAUAAAGGUAGGUUUUCAUUUUUGGGCUCAGCUAUUCAUUAUUAUAAAGGGAGAAGAAUAGAAUAAGCAUAAUUGAUGAAAUUACAGGAUUUCUCCUAGUUUUAUUUUUACGACAUAUGCAUUCUAGAUUCAUGAGAAUUUCUUACACAAUAUUAGGUUUCUAAACACUGCUGAGUUUUUUUUAUUUAUACAUGUUACUUACUUUAUGAUACACGUUCGUUUCAUUGGAAACAUUUCAUGAUGAUUGAAAUUCAAAAGUAUUUUGCAUUAACAUUACACUGUAGAAUUAGUAAAGAAAAAAUGCAAUAUGUUUUUAAUUUAUAUUCCAGAUACUUUCACAACAACAAAACCAACACCCGAUAAAGGUAGGUUUUCAUUUUUGGGCUCAGCUCUUCAUUAUUAUAAAGAGAGAAGAAUAGAAUAAGCAUAACUUGAUGAAAUUACAGGUUAUUUCCUAGUUUCUUUUACUACAUGUGAAUUCUAGAUUCAAAAGUAAUUCUUAUAUAAUGUCUAAACAAUGCUGAGUUUUUUUCUGAUGUAUUCAUGUAACACUUUAUAAUGCACACUGGUUUGUUUGAUACGUUUCAUGAUGAUGGAAAUUCAUAAUAUUUUGCAUAAUCUUUUCACUGUAGAAUUAGAAAACGAAAAAUGCAAUAUGUCUUACAUUUAUUUUCAGAUACUUUCACAACAACAAAACCAACACCCGAUAAAGGUACGUUUUCAUUUUUGGGCUUACCUCUUCAUGAUUUUAAAGGGAGAAGUAUAGAAUAAGCAUAAUUGAUGAAAUUACAGGAUAUCCCCUAGUUUUUAUUUUUACUACAUAUGCAUUCUAGAUUCUUGAGAAUCUCUUACACUAUAUUAGGUUUCUAAGCACUGCUGAGUUUUUUUUAUAUAUACAUGCUACUUACUUUAUGAUACAUGUUAGUUUCAUUGGAUACAUUUCAUGAUGAUUAAAAUUCAAAAGUAGUUUGCAUUAACGUUGCACUGUAGAAUUAGUAAAGAAAAAAUACAUUAUGUCUUAAAUUUAUUUUCAGAUACUUUCACGACAACAAAACCAACACCCGAUAAGGGUAGGUUUUCAUUUUUGGGCUUAUCUCUUCAUGAUUAUGAAGGGAGAAGUAUAGAAUAAGCAUAAUUGAUGAAAUUACAGGAUAUCCCCUAGUUUUUAUUUUUACUACAUAUGCAUUCUAGAUUCUUGAGAAUCUCUUACACUAUAUUAGGUUUCUAAGCACUGCUGAGUUUUUUUUAUAUAUACAUGUUACUUACUUUAUGAUACAUGUUAGUUUCAUUGGAUACAUUUCAUGAUGAUUAAAAUUCAAAAGUAUUUUGCAUUAACAUUACACUGUAGAAUUAGUAAAGAAAAAAUGCAAUAUGUUUUUAAUUUAUAUUCCAGAUACUUUCACAACAACAAAACCAACACCCGAUAAAGGUAGGUUUUCAUUUUUGGGCUCAGCUCUUCAUUAUUAUAAAGGGAGAAGAAUAGAAUAAGCAUAACUUGAUGAAAUUACAGGUUAUUUCCUAGUUUUUUUUACUACAUGUGCAUUCUAGAUUCAAAAGUAUUUCUUAUAUAAUGUCUAAACGAUGCUGAGUUUUUUUCUGAUGUAUUCAUGUAACACUUUAUAAUGCACGCUGGUUUGUUUGAUACGUUUCAUGAUGAUGGAAAUUCAAAAUAUUUUGCAUAAUCUUUUCACUGUAGAAUUAGAAAACGAAAAAUGCAAUUUGUCUUACAUUUAUUUUCAGAUACUUACACAACAACAAAACCAACACCCGAUAAAGGUAGCUUUUCAUUUUUGGGCUUAACUAUUCACGAUUAUAAAGGUAGAAGUAUAGAAUAAGCAUAAUUGAUGAAAUUACAAGAUAUCCCCUAGUUUUUAUUUUUACUAUAUGCAUUCUAGAUUCAUGAGAAUUUCUUACACAAUAUUAGGUUUCUAAGCACUGCUGAGUUUUUUUAUGAAUACAUUUUAUUUAGUUUAUGAAACAUGUUAGUUUCAUUGGAUACAUUUCAUGAUGAUUAAAAUUCAAAAGUAUUUUGCAUUAACGUUGCACUGUAGAAUUAGUAAAGAAAAAAUACAUUAUGUUUUUAAUUUAUAUUCCAGAUACUUUCACGACAACAAAACCAACACCCGAUAAAGGUAGGUUUUCAUUUUUGGGCUUAACUCUUCAUGAUUUUAAAGGGAGAAGAAUAGAAAAAGCAUAAUUGAUGAAAUUACAGGAUAUACCCUCGUUUUUAUUUUUACUACAUAUGCAUUCUAGAUUCUUGAGAAUCUCUUACACUAUAAUAGGUUUCUAAGCACUGCUGAGUUUUUUUUAUGUAUACAUUUUACUUACUUUAUGAUACAUGUUAGUUUCAUUGGAUACAUUUCAUGAUGAUUGAAAUUCAAAAGUAUUUUUGCAUUAACGUUGCACUGUAGAAUUAGUAAAGAAAAAAUACAAUUUUUUUUAAAAUUUAUAUUCCAGAUACUUUCACGACAACAAAACCAACACCCGAUAAAGGUAGGUUUUCAUUUUUGGGCUUAGCUCUUCAUUAUUAUAAAGGGAGAAGUAUAGAAUAAGCAUAAUUGAUGAAAUUACAGGAUAUCCCCUAGUUUUUAUUUUUAUUACAUAUGCAUUCUAGAUUCAUGAGAAUUUCUUACACAAUGUUAGGUUUCUAAACACUGCUGAGUUUUUUUUAUGUAUACAUGUUACUUACUUUAUGAUACAUGUUAGUUUCAUUGGAUACAUUUCAUGAUGAUGGAAAUUCAAAAGUAUUUUGCAUUAACGGUACACUGUAGAAUUAGUAAAGAAAAAAUACAAUAUGUUUUUAAUUUAUAUUCCAGAUUUACCAACACCCGAUAAAGGUAGGUUUUCAUUUUUGGGCUCAGCUCUUCAUUAUUAUAAAAGGAGAAGAAUAGAAUAAGCAUAACUUGAUGAAAUUACAGGUUAUCCCCUAGUUUUUUUUACUACAUGUGCAUUCUAGAUUCAAAUGUAUUUCUUAUAUAAUCAAAGGUUUCUAAACAAUGCUGAGUUUUUUUCUGAUGUAUACAUGUAACACAUUAUAAUGCACGCUAGUUAGUUUGAUAAGUUUCAUGAUGAUGGAAAUUCAAAAUAUUUUGCAUAAUCUUUUCACAGUAGAAUUAGAAAAUGAAAAAUGCAAUAUGUCUUAAAUUUAUUUUCAGAUACUUUCACAACAACAAAACCAACACCCGAUAAAGGUAGGUUUUCAUUUUUGGGCUCAGCUCUUCAUUAUUAUAAAGGGAUAAAUAUAGAAUAAGCAUAAUUGAUGAAACUACAGGAUAUCUCCUAGUUUUUAUUUUUACUACAUGUACAUUCUAGAUUCAUGAAAAUUUCUUACACAAUAUUGGUUUAUAAACACUGCUGAGUUUUCUAUAUUUAUACAUGUUACUUACUUUAUGAUACACGUUAGUUUCAUUGGAUACAUUUCAUGAUGAUGGAAAUUCAAAAGUAUUUUGCAUUAACGCUGUACUGUAGAAUUAGUAAAGAAAAAUACAAUAUGUUUUUAAUUUAUAUUCCAGAUACUUUCACGACAACAAAACCAACACCCGAUAAAGGUAGGUUUUCAUUUUUGGGCUCAGCUCUUCAUUAUUAUAAAGGGAGAAUAAUAGAAUAAGCAUAACUUGAUGAAAUUACAGGUUAUCCCCUAGUUUUUUUUACUACAUGUGCAUUCUAGAUUCAAAUGUAUUUCUUAUAUAAUCUAAGGUUUCUAAACAAUGCUGAGUUUUUUUCUGAUGUAUACAUGUAACACUUUAUAAUGCACGUUACUAAGUUUGAUAAGUUUCAUGAUGAUGGAAAUUCAAAAUAUUUUGCAUAAUCUUUUCACAGUAGAAUUAGAAAACGAAAAAUGCAAUAUAUCUUAAAUUUAUUUUCAGAUACUUUCACAACAACAAUACCAACACCCGAUAAAGGUAGGUUUUCAUUUUUGGGCUUAACUCUUCAUUAUUAUAAAGGGAUAAGUAUAGAAUAAGCAUAAUUUAUGAAAUUAUACGAUAUCUCCUAGUUUUUAUUUUUACUACAUAUGCAUUCUAGAUUCAUGAAAAUUUCUUACACAAUAUUAGGUUUCUAAACACUGCUGAGUUUAUUUAUUUGGUCCAUGCUACUACUUUAUGGAUACACGCUCGCUUCUAUUGAUACAUUUAUGAUGAUUGAAAUCUCUAUUUUUUGCAUUAACGUUGCACUGAAGAAUAAGUAAAGAAAAAAUGCAAUAUAUGUUUUUAAUUUAUAUUCAGAUACUACUAAUAAAUAAACCAACACCCGAUAAAGGUAGGUUUUCAUUUUUGGGCUUAACUCUUCAUGAUUAUAAAGGGAGAAGUAUACGAUAAGCAUAAUUGAUGAAAUUACAGGAUAUCCCCUAGUUUUUAUUUUUCUACAUAUGCAUUCUAGAUUCAUGAGAAUUUCUUACACUAUAUUAGGUUUCUAAACACUGCUGAGUUUUUUUUAUGUAUACAUGUUACUUACUUUAUGAUACAUGUUAGUUUCAUUGGAUAAAUUUCAUGAUGAUAGAAAUUCAAAAGUAUUUUGCAUUAACGAUACACUUUAGAAUUAGUAAAGAAAAAAUAGAAAAUAUUUUUAAUUUAUAUUCCAGAUACUUUCAUGACAACAAAACCAACACCCGAUAAAGGUAGGUUUUCAUUUUUGGGCUCAGCUAUUCAUUAUUAUAAAGGGAGAAGAAUAGAAUAAGCAUAAUUGAUGAAAUUACAGGAUUUCUCCUAGUUUUAUUUUUACGACAUAUGCAUUCUAGAUUCAUGAGAAUUUCUUACACAAUAUUAGGUUUCUAAACACUGCUGAGUUUUUUUUAUUUAUACAUGUUACUUACUUUAUGAUACACGUUCGUUUCAUUGGAAACAUUUCAUGAUGUUUGAAAUUCAAAAGUAUUUUGCAUUAACAUUACACUGUAGAAUUAGAAAAGAAAAAAUACAAUAUGUUUUUAAUUUAUAUUCCAGAUACUUUCACGACAACAAAACCAACACCCGAUAAAGGUAGGUUUUCAUUUUUGGGCUCAGCUCUUCAUUAUUAUAAAGGGAGAAGAAUAGAGUAAGCAUAAUUGAUGAAAUUACAGGAUAUCCCCUAGUUUUAUUUUUAAGACGCAUUCUAGAUUCAUGAGAAUUUCUUACACAAUAUUAGGUUUCUAAACACUGCUGAGUUUUUUUUAUUUAUACAUGUUACUUACUUUAUGAUACACGUUCGUUUCACUGGAUACAUUUCAUGAUGAUUGAAAUUCUAAAGUAUAUUUCAUUAACAUUACACUGUAGAAUUAGUAAAGAAAAAAUGCAAUAUGUUUUUAAUUUAUAUUCCAGAUACUUUCACGACAACAAAACCAACACCCGAUAAAGGUAGGUUUUCAUUUUUGGGCUCAGCUCUUCAUUAUUAUAAAGGGAGAAGAAUAGAAUAAGCAUAACUUGAUGAAAUUACAGGUUAUUUCCUAGUUUUUUUUACUACAUGUGCAUUCUAGAUUCAAAAGUAUUUCUUAUAUAAUGUCUAAACGAUGCUGAGUUUUUUUCUGAUGUAUUCAUGUAACACUUUAUAAUGCACGCUGGUUUGUUUGAUACGUUUCAUGAUGAUGGAAAUUCAAAAUAUUUUGCAUAAUCUUUUCACUGUAGAAUUAGAAAAGGAAAAAUGCAAUAUGUCUUACAUUUAUUUUCAGAUACUUUCGCAACAACAAAACCAACACCCGAUAAAGGUAGCUUUUCAUUUUUGGGCUUAACUCUUCAUGAUUAUAAAGGGAGAAGUAUAGAAUAAGCAUAAUUGAUGAAAUUACAGGAUAUCCCCUAGUUUUUAUUUUUACUAUAUGCAUUCUAGAUUCAUGAGAAUUUUUUACACAAUAUUAGGUUUCUAAGCACUGCUGAGUUUUUUUAUGAAUACAUUUUACUUACUUUAUGAAACAUGUUAGUUUCAUUGGAUACAUUUCAUGAUGAUUAAAAUUCUAAAGUAUUUUGCAUUAACGUUGCACUGUAGAAUUUGUAAAGAAAAAAUACAUUAUGUUUUUAAUUUAUAUUCCAGAUACUUUCAUGACAACAAAACCAACACCCAAUAAAGGUAGGUUUUCAUUUUUGGGCUUAACUCUUCAUGAUUAUGAAGGGAGAAGUAUAGAAUAAGCAUAAUUGAUGAAAUUACAGGAUAUCCCCUAGUUUUUAUUUUUACUACAUAUGCAUUCUAGAUUCUUGAGAAUCUCUUACACUAUAUUACGUUUCUAAGCACUGCUGAGUUUUUUUAUGUAUACAUGUUACUUACUUUAUGAUACAUGUUAGUUUCAUUGGAUACAUUUCAUGAUGAUAGAAAUUCAAAUGUAUUUUGCAUUAAUGUUGCACUGUAGAAUUAGUAAAGAAAAAAUAGAAAAUGUUUUUAAUUUCUAUUCCAGAUACUUUCAUGACAACAAAACCAACACCCGAUAAAGGUAGGUUUUCAUUUUUGGGCUCAGCUAUUCAUUAUUAUAAAGGGAGAAGAAUAGAAUAAGCAUAAUUGAUGAAAUUACAGGAUUUCUCCUAGUUUUAUUUUUACGACAUAUGCAUUCUAGAUUCAUGAGAAUUUCUUACACAAUAUUAUGUUUCUAAACACUGCUGAGUUUUUUUAUUUAUACAUGUUACUUACUUUAUGAUACACGUUCGUUUCAUUGGAAACAUUUCAUGAUGAUUGAAAUUCAAAAGUAUUUUGCAUUAACAUUACACUGUAGAAUUAGUAAAGAAAAAAUGCAAUAUGUUUUUAAUUUAUAUUCCAGAUACUUUCACAACAACAAAACCAACACCCGAUAAAGGUAGGUUUUCAUUUUUGGGCUCAGCUCUUCAUUAUUAUAAAGAGAGAAGAAUAGAAUAAGCAUAACUUGAUGAAAUUACAGGUUAUUUCCUAGUUUUUUUUACUACAUGUGAAUUCUAGAUUCAAAAGUAAUUCUUAUAUAAUGUCUAAACAAUGCUGAGUUUUUUUCUGAUGUAUUCAUGUAACACUUUGUAAUGCACGCUGGUUUGUUUGAUACGUUUCAUGAUGAUGGAAAUUCAAAAUAUUUUGCAUAAUCUUUUCACUGUAGAAUUAGAAAACGAAAAAUGCAAUAUGUCUUACAUUUAUUUUCAGAUACUUUCACAACAACAAAACCAACACCCGAUAAAGGUAGCUUUUCAUUUUUGGGCUUAACUCUUCAUGAUUUUAAAGGGAGAAGUAUAGAAUAA